AUGACUUAUGAAUCUGGCGUGCAAGUUCUCCACCUAAGCAUGCCAAGAACUGGCAGCACAUCUAUGAAGGCUGCUUACGAAGAACUUGGACUACCGACGUACCAUGGCUUCGAAUACAUGUUACGACCUGACGACCAAAAGGCCUGGACAGAAGCAUAUCUUGCCAAGUAUGAAGGGAAGGGAACACCUUUUGGACGAAAGGAAUUUGACGAGAUCCUCAAGGGAUGGGCCGUUCUGUCGGACUGUCCCGUACUUGGAUUCACGGAUGACUUGCUUGAGGCCUACCCAGACGCGAAAGUGGUCCUUGUGGACCGGGACAUCGAUAGCUGGUACAAGUCCUUCAAUGAAUGUGUCGUCGCACCAUUCUCUGACUGGCAGGCUUGGGUGGUCAUCAACAUUUUCGAGCGUUUCAAGAAUCCACAGCCAACGAUCAUGACGCAGAAGGUGCUGUACAAGAUUUUCGACGCCCACGACAUUAGCAGCUGGCGCGAUAAUCUCAAGAAGACAAACUUGGAACACGCCGAGAAGAUUCGGAGAGUUGUUACUAAAGAGCGGCUGCUAGAAUACAAGCUGGGGUCUGGCUGGGGACCUUUGUGCACGUUCUUGGGCAAGGAUGUGCCCGACAAGCCGUUUCCUCAUCUCAACGACUCGGUUGAGUUUGAAAAGUGGACGAGGGAGUUCAAGGAUCAACAGCUCAAGCAAGGUUUAUUGGCGUUCUUGAAGUACGGCGCCGUGCCGGUCAUAGCCGCCGCAGGGACGAUCUUCCUGAGGCGGGCCCGAGCUUAA